AUGGACAAGGUCUCGGUUCAUCGCCGAAAAUCUAGCAACACAAUUUUUGCGAGUUCCCAUGGGGGUCACAGCAGUCUAGACGAAACAGAACCAGACCAUGCUAGUGGUGAUUAUGGCAUGCAACUCCUUCACCCCGUCCAAAUCUCAAGCUGGUUGUUUGGCUUCGCCAAUACAGUGAAUUCCACCGCUAUCAUCACUGAUCUGUACGAACUUGGUGAAUGGGUGCAGAUGUGCUUAGGGAUGCUAUUUGCGUUGGCAGAGUUCAAGAUGGCGAACGACCCUGGGGUGCAGAUUGUGGAGUGUUUCGGGUUUGAUUAUCACGCGUGGCUCGUGCAGACGUCUCUCUACAGGGAGACAUUCGGAAAGAGCAUAAGGAUUGUGCCGAGCUACCUCUCUGACCCACCUUCGAAGAGAAGACAUGACCGAGAAACUCAGCAAGCAGUCAAAAUCCGUCAUCGGGAAGAAGCAGAAGCAGAGUUGAUGGCUCGCCAGGACUUGCGUGAACACUUUGCUGAGCCAGAGUUACCACCGGUCUACCAAAUCGCCGCCGCCGCCUACCGAGAAGAUUCCGCGAUGACUUACCGCCUAUCCCAGUGGUAG